AUCGGAGAACACGGUUCGAGGUAGGGAACAACUUUUGAGUUUUCUAAAAGGAAAGAAAAGAAUGGGUACUGUCAGCUCAGCGCAUUCAUUUGUCGUCGGAAAAUUGAAUCUUUCUCAAGAUGUCUACUCAAGGCCAGUCAGAUGUUUCAGGUGCUACGCCAAAGAAAGUCAUCAUACCAAAUAGGCAUGGUGAGAAGCUUGUGGGUUUGUUGCAUGAUACCGGAUCUCCUGAUAUCGUGGUCUUGUGCCAUGGCUUUCGAUCAUCCAAGGAGUUCAAAAUCAUGGUAAACAUUUCUGCUGCCUUGGAGAAAGAAGGAAUUAGUGCAUUUCGCUUUGAUUUUUCUGGAAACGGGGAAAGUGAGGGGACAUUUCACUAUGGUCACUAUCAGAAAGAGGCCGAUGAUUUGCAUUCUGUGGUUGAACACUUUACCAGCGAAAAACGCAGAGUCGUUGCCAUUCUGGGACACAGUAAAGGAGGCAACGUGGUUCUCCUGUAUGCAUCCAGGUAUCAUGAUGUUCCCAAUGUGGUCAAUGUUUCGGGACGCUAUGAUAUGGGAAGGGGGAUUGUGGAGCGUUUGGGCGAAAACUACGUGGAAAGAAUCAAGAAAGAGGGAUUUCUAGAUGUGAAGAACAAAGCAGGGGAAGUGGAAUAUCGUGUUACCGAGGAAAGCUUAAUGGAUCGGCUCAACACAGACAUGAACAAAGCUUGUUUGCAGAUUGACAGAGGAUGCAGGGUACUUACUGUUCAUGGAUCGAACGACGAGAUCAUUCCAGUGGAAGAUGCGUUCGAGUUCAACAAGGUUGUUCCGAACCACGAAUUGAAAAUCAUAGAAGGAGCCAACCACGAUUAUAAGGUAGAACAAGAUGAAUUGGCCUACGCUGUGGUGUCCUUUAUAAAGGAAGGUCAUCUGCCCCAGAUCUAGAACUACCGGUACUAUUGGAUACUUCCUUCGUCCCAUAUUUAUCUUUCGCUUUUUCUUGGGACGUCCCUAGUUAACGUCCCUUUGCUUUUGAGGAAAUAAUCGUGUGUGGUUCAUAAAAUAUUAAUUGUAUCCCGUUUCUAAAUAAUUCGAAAUCACGCGGUUUCAUUUUAUUAAACCUCGUAUAAAAACAAAUGAAACAGUAAAGAAGACUGGUUGUU